AUGACGUCCGACAGGUCUAAAGAGUCCAUAUAUGGCCGUCAUGAGGAACGUCAUGAGGAACGUCGUGAGGAACGUCGUGAGGAACGUCGUGAGGAACGUCGUGAGGAACGUCGUGAGGAAGGCGGGGAGAGCCGUGUGAGGCGACGGGUAGGAAAUCGCCCGCUCGUCAGCCAGUUCCCGCCCUCUCGUCCGCCAGUUCCCGCCCUCUCGUCCGCCAGUUCCCACCCACUCGCCAACCAGUUCCCGCCCACUCGCCAACCAGUUCCCGCCCUCUUGUCCGCCAGUUCCCGCCCGCUCGUCCGCCAGUUCCCGCCCUCUCGUCCGCCAGUUCCCGCCCUCUCGUCCGCCAGUUCUCGCCCUCUCGUCCGCCAGUUCCCGCCCUCUCGUCCGCCAGUUCCCGCCCUCUCGUCCGCCAGUUCCCGCCCUCUCGUCCGCCAGUUCCCGCCCUCUCGUCCGCCAGUUCCCGCCCUCUCGUCCGCCAGUUCCCGCCCUCUCGUCCGCCAGUUCCCGCCCUCUCGUCCGCCAGUUCCCGCCCUCUCGUCCGCCAGUUCCCGCCCUCUCGUCCGCCAGUUCCCGCCCUCUCGUCCGCCAGUUCCCGCCCUCUCGUCCGCCAGUUCCCGCCCUCUCGUCCGCCAGUUCCCGCCCUCUCGUCCGCCAGUUCCCGCCCUCUCGUUCGCCAGUUCCCGCCCUCUCGUCCGCCAGUUCCCGCCCACUCACCAACCAGUUCCCGCCCACUCACCAACCAGUUCCCGCCCACUCACCAGCCAGUUCCCGCCCACUCACCAGCCAGUUCCCGCCCACUCACCAACCAGUUCCCGCCCACUCACCAGCCAGUUCCCGCCCACUCACCAGCCAGUUCCCGCCCACUCACCAGCCAGUUCCCGCCCACUCACCAGCCAGUUCCCGCCCACUCACCAGCCAGUUCCCGCCCACUCACCAGCCAGUUCCCGCCCACUCACCAGCCAGUUCCCGCCCACUCACCAACCAGUUCCCGCCCACUCACCAACCAGUUCCCGCCCACUCACCAACCAGUUCCCGCCCACUCACCAACCAGUUCCCGCCCACUCACCAACCAGUUCCCGCCCACUCACCAACCAGUUCCCGCCCACUCACCAACCAGUUCCCGCCCACUCACCAACCAGUUCCCGCCCACUCACCAGCCAGUUCCCGCCCACUCACCAACCAGUUCCCGCCCACUCACCAGUCAGUUCCCGCCCACUCACCAACCAGUUCCCACCCACUCACCAGCCAGUUAGACACACACAGACACAAGGAGCGGUGACUGCGUACCACUCAGAUUGA